CUGUAGUUUCAUUGUCUAAUGUCGGUAGUUGGUGCGCCGGCUUGUGAACUUUGUCGUGAGCUGUAACUUUAUACGCACUUGCUUCAGAAUGAGUUAUCAGCUAUAUAGAAACACAACGCUGGGAAAUACUCUGCAGGAGAGUUUAGAUGAAUUAAUACAGUGUGGACAGAUCACUCCUCACCUCGCCUUGAAAGUCCUCUUACAGUUCGACAAAGCCAUCAACAACGCCUUGGCAAAUAGAGUCAAGACGAGAUUGACAUUCAAGGCUGGACACUUAAGCACCUACCGAUUCUGUGAUAAUGUCUGGACGUUCGUCUUGAAGGAUGUUGAGUUCAGGGAAGUCCAGGAGCUUGUCAAAGCUGACAAAGUGAAGAUAGUUGCCUGCGAUGGAAAAAAUCAAAACCAGACAUAGCUAGGUGACAGCGGGCUCCCUGGAGAAGGCAGCCGACAAUCCUCUCAGCUUUUCGUGUGCACAUUGCAGCUCUUGUGUAUUCAUCCUUGGACAUCACCAUUUUGUCAGCUUCUCCCUGCUUAUGUAGAUUGCUUGCCUGUAUAAACACAUACUGAACAUUG